AAGUAAACUCCCAUACACACAGAACCAGCCUCCAUCUUGGGCUGAAAUAAAUAGCGCUACGUUCACUUGCUCUUUGCAGACUUCCUUACAACCCAAGCAAGGGAUCAAGUGCCUGUUUCAUCGCUCAUCACCGGCGGUACAAAUAAAUACAACAACCAAGAUGACCCACCAGUACCCAUCCCUUUCUCCAGAGCAGAAGAAGGAGCUGGCCACUAUCGCCCAGCGUAUCGUGGCUCCUGGAAAGGGUAUCCUGGCUGCAGAUGAGUCCACAGGCACUAUGGGAAAGCGUCUGCAGAAGAUCAACGUAGAGAACACAGAGGAGAACCGCCGCUUCUUCCGAGACAUCCUGUUUUCCGUUGAUCCCUCCAUUUCUCAGAGCGUGGGAGGAAUCAUUUUCUUCCACGAGACACUGUAUCAGAAAUCUGACAAGGGCAUCCCUUUCCCCAAGCUCAUUAAGGAGAAGGGAAUUGUGGUCGGCAUUAAGGUUGACAAAGGCACAGCAGGGCUGAACGGAACAGAUGGCGAGACAACCACACAGGGGCUGGAUGGCCUGGGCGAACGCUGUGCUCAGUACAAGAAGGAUGGGUGUGACUUUGCUAAGUGGCGCUGUGUGCUGAAGAUCUCUGACGGCUGCCCUUCUGCCCUUGCUAUUGCUGAAAACGCCAAUGUACUAGCCAGAUAUGCCAGCAUAUGCCAACAGAAUGGCUUGGUGCCUAUCGUUGAGCCUGAGAUUCUCCCAGAUGGUGAUCAUGACCUCCAGCGCUGCCAGUAUGUCACAGAGAAGGUCCUCGCUGCUGUCUACAAGGCGCUCUCUGACCACCAUGUGUAUCUGGAGGGCACUCUGCUCAAGCCUAACAUGGUCACUGCAGGACAUUCCUGCCCCAGGAAGUACACCCCGCAGGAGGUUGCCAUGGCAACAGUCAGCGCCCUCAGACGCACCGUACCCGCUGCCGUUCCAGGCAUCUGCUUCCUGUCAGGAGGUCAGAGUGAGGAGGAAGCUUCGCUCAAUCUCAAUGCCAUCAACCAGACUCCACUGCACACGCCCUGGAAGCUGAGUUUCUCCUACGGACGCGCUCUCCAGGCUUCGGCGCUUGCAGCCUGGAAGGGUAAACCAGAAAACAGGAAGGCUGCACAGGAGGCUUUCUGCACUCGUGCUAAGAUUAACGGUCUGGCAUCUAAAGGCGAGUACAAACCAACAGGCCAGGCUGACCAGGCUGCCACACAGUCCCUCUACACUGCCAGCUACGUCUACUAGAUCAAACAUGCUGCAAUUAAUGCCAACUUUUCCUGGACCACACAAAACUGUGAAUACAAAGUGACCAAAAAAUAAAAAGCUUCAAGAUAACAUUCGAAUGUUAACUUGAUUUAUAAACAUAUAUAAUUCUGCAUGUGCAGUAAUCUAAUCUAUGACCUCAUGACCAAAUCACGAAAAUGCUUUUUAUAGUGUAUGAAGAUCUUUUCAUGUCAAAUAAAUUAAAAAAAACCUGCA